GCUGCCAUAAAGUUAAUGAAUUUCACAGCAUAUGCCCGUGAUAUUAAACCUGAUUCCGGGGGGUGGAGCAUCGGGUUAGCGCGGCCGGCGCUUCCGGGGGGUGGAGACGAGCGCAGCCGCUGCGCGUUGACGUCACACGUUUGGCGGCGUCGGGGUGACGGCCGCGCGGACGCCAUGGCGGCCGCCUUGCAGAGGGCGACCCGGGCCUUGGGAACCGGGGGCUGCCGUCUCUGCCCGAGGCUGGCGGCAGCGGCCCACCCCGGGCCUGGCAUCCGAGCAGGCGCCCGUAAUCCACUGCUGCUGCACUCAGUUCGAGCGGUGAGUGCCGACUCCUUUGAUGAAGACAGAUAUUACAGCCUGUACCAAACACACAUCCCCACCAACACGCUGCAAAAAACGCUGCUGGCCGCCGGCUCAGCCUUCAUGUCUCUGUAUGAUCCGUACCGCCACGAUAUGGUGGCUGUUCUAUCUGAAACCACAGGGCAGUUAGCAAUCCGCAGACUCAGAGACAAGAUGAAAAACGAUGCGGAGGGAUAUCGGAUUCUGCAGGAAAGACCUCGGAUCAACACAUCUACGCUGGAUCUAACCAGCCUGCGAGAGUUGCCGGAAGGAACAUUUGGCAAAGAAUAUGUCCGCUUUCUUGAUGUUAAUCGAGUUACUCCUGACAGUCGGAUGCCUGUGAAGUUUGUUGAUGAUGAGGAGCUUGCGUAUGUGAUCCAGCGUUACCGUGAAGUGCACGACUUCAUGCACACGUUACUGGGCAUGCCUACUAACAUGCUUGGUGAGGUUGCUGUCAAGUGGUUUGAGGCAGUACAGACUGGUCUACCCAUGUGCAUUCUGGGAGCUGUGUUUGGCCCUCUCCGCAUAUCUGCCAGGAAUAUCCAAAUUUUAACAAGAGACCUGAUCCCAUGGGCUGUACGAUGUGGCAGAGCUGCUCACUGUGUACUGAACAUCUACUAUGAGAAUCGAUGGGAGCAGAACUUACAGUCACUGCGGGAGGAGAUUGGGAUCCUACCAUUUCCGUUUUCAUUGUCUAAUCAGGGCAUAAAAUAGGGGUAUUGAUGGUGAGGUUUGUUAAAGCCAUCAAAUAAGAGUUAUAAUAUCACAGCUAAAGAAAUUUGGCUGCAAGCAGAAGUUGUUCUGGAGCUGUCAGUCUUACAUGUAUGGGAAGUAAAACAUCCUCUCAACAUGUCUGUGCAUACUGGCUACCACAAUAAAAUCACUAAUCUUCAUUUUAA